AUCGCGUUCACUUCGGACAUUUUCCGCGUUUGCGGUGUCGGUGACGACGUCAAGGUACGUUAUUGUACAUAUUACUGUCAGUUUACGGAGUCUACACGUUUUUGCAAUGAAGAGCGAAGACGUUUUUGUUCCGCUUGAGGACGUUAAACCCGUCGUGGAGCCUGCAACGGCUCAUGCUGCGGUUCGGGCCUGGAACCCGUGGCCCCACCUGGAGGACUUCUUUGUCUUCAAGUCGGUGGAUAAGAGCAACAACAAACUCAUGUUUUUCCGCUGUGCCCUGUGCCAGCCCAAGCAGACAACCAUCAAGGCACACAUAUCGAGCCUCUACAACCUGAAGUCCCACGUUAGGAGGAACCACUCGGCCCAGAUCACCCGGUUCGAAGAGAGGAUCAAGGCCGGAUCCUCCCGCGGGAAACGCAGGGAAUAUCCUGGAAGCUCGCUGCAGCCAUUUGCAAUGAACACGUGCCAGCUUUCCCAGCCCACCAUCGGAGAGGCGUUUGGUCAGUCAGCUGCUGGCGUCCAUCAGUCUGUGGUGGACGCGAAGAUUGUGGACCUGUUCGUCUGCAACAUGCUGCCGUUGCAUGUGGUCGAGUCCCCCAGCUUCAUCCGCCUGAUCAAGACCCUGGACCCCAGCAAGACCUCCAUGUCGAGCCGCACCCUGGGCAGGAGGAUCUCGGCCAGCCAUAAGCAGCUGGAGGAGCAUCUUAUAAGAUUGUUGAAGGAUGUUCCCUGGGUGGCAACCACUGCAGACUGCUGGUCGGCUCACAACAGGUCCUACCUGGGGAUGACGGCACACUGGCUGGACCCCAAGACCCGCACAAGACAGUGCGCAGUCCUGGCCUGCUCUCAGCUCAGAGGGCAUCCUACCUUUGAUGUUCUUGUUGAGGCCAUGGUGGACAUCCACUACAAGUUCCACCUGCAGGACAAGGUGACCAGGACCACAACAGACAAUAGCAUCAACUUCGUCAAGGCAUUUGUACAGUUUAGCACAGAAGCGGAACUCUUUCCAGACAUUCCUGAACCUGCCGCUGAUUUUGACAUGGAUGUCAAGGAUGUGGAUAUGGACAUGGAUGCCAAGGCUGAGGCGAUGAACGAGGUGGAGCACAUCUCUGUUGAGUCUGCCCUUGAGGUGUGCAGUGGCCUGGGCCACGACCUGCCAGUGCACAUGAGGUGUGCAGCCCACACCUUCAACUUGGUAGCCAGCGUGGAUGCUGAAAAGGCACUUGCCAGCGCUCCAUUUAAGUUGGCCUACAGGAAGGCCAUGUCCAAGGCACAGGCGCUGUGGAACCAGCAGUGCCGCAGCACCGUGUCAGCGGACAGCAUUCUAGAUGGGUUGAACAGGAGGUUGGUAGUCCCCAACGAUACCAGAUGGAACUCCACGUAUGACUCUGUUGUUGUCCUCAAUAACCUCCUGCAGAAUAAAAGGGGAGCUGUCCACCGAGUGAUGACGCAGCUGAAACUGCAGAACUUCACUGAUUCUGAGGUCUGCUUCCUGAAGGAGUAUGCCCAGGUGAUGUCCAAUGUUGCCAAGGCCUUGGAUAAGGUCCAGGGAGAGGAUCAGGCCUAUCUCGGGAGCCUUCUGCCAACUGUAGCAGCAACCAUCAUGAAGUUGAAGGAGGUCAAGUCCAAAGGCCUCCUGUACUGCAGUCCUCUGGUAGACGCAAUCCUGGCAGGCAUCAUGAAAAGGUUUGGGCCCCUCUUUGAAGACGAGGAGUGCCAGCUGGCAGCUGCCUUCCACCCCAGGUUUCGCCUGUUCUGGCUGGAGAAGCAUAAUCACAGCCAGUUCAGCAGAGUAAAGAAGGCCAUGGAGACUGCUGUGGAGACGGCCCUGAGGGAGAUCAUUGUGGAGGGCAGCGGCGCUACCAGCAGUGAUGAGGAUGACGAAGAUGACUUCUUCAGCAGCAUCACACAGCCCCAGGAGUGCAGGAGCCACAGGUCAGUGAAGACCAAGGCGCAGAACUUGGUGAAGACCUGGCUGGAGGCCAGUUCGAAGGAGGUCCUGACUGACAUUGCCUUCUUGGGUGAGCAGGUGUUGGUGGACAUGUUUAUUAAGUACAACACAGCCAUCCCGUCCAGUGCUGUGGUUGGGCACCUGUUUUCUAUAGACAAGAACAUCUUGAGGGCCGGGAGAGCCACCCUGUCAGAUGAUGCCAGCUUUGAGAGGCUGGUCUUCAUACAGGGCAACAAGCAUCACCUCGAUGAGAUGGAGCUGCAGGAGGGAAAGUCAGAGUAAAUGCAGAAUACAUGUGUAUUUUUAUUUCUUAAUACUUUAUGUUUAAUAAACUGUAUGUUGAAUGUAAACUCAUUUAAUUUGUU